AUUGGGUUUUGGGUCAUUUUUGGAAAUUUUCCCUUCUCUCCCCGCUUCACUUAAGACCGUUUCUCCGUCUCCCCGAACCGUUUCUGCAGAAUCCGCAUCAUCUUCUUCUUCAACCUACUCCGGCAGCUUCCUCCGGCUCCGACAACGCCUGAAACAAACUACUCCCGAUCCUCUCUUCACCAACAACUAUGCCCUAAAAUUCCAUCCACUAUCCACCAUGUUUGUAAGUUUUUGGAUCUGAAUCGGACCCUAAAUCGAAACUGGCUUCUCUCUCUGUAUUCUGAGAGAGAAAGAGAGAGAGAACAAUGUCUGCUAUGAUCUUCCAUGUUUUCUCAUCGUCGGCGCUGCUCUCGCUUGGCCUUUACCACAUCGUCUCCGUUACCCUUAAUUUCCUUAAAUCCCCACAGUCCUACUCCGCCAGGCCCUACCAUCCUUUCCCGCCGUCCUCCUCGCAUCAGCUUCCUCUUCUUCAUCACCAGCACCACCAUCACUACGGUCUCCGGUACCUGCAACUCUAUCUCUCAAUCCCAUGUCUCGUUAUUGCCUUUGCCCAUCAAGCCAUUGUCGCCGCCGAUCCUGACCCUCUUCUUAAAGGCAGCACCCCUGUCCACCAUUUCAUUUCCCUUCAAUCCGCCGCCGUCAUCUUCCUCUUCCUCAUCUUAACUAUCGCCCUUCUCCUCUCCGACUCCACCUCCCUUCUCCCUCUCCCUUCCGAUCUCUUCUUUGCUCUAGCCUCCGCUCUUUUCUUCUUGCAAUUCUCCGUUUCUUCCUCAGCUGCUUCUGUUCAGACCUCCGAUCUUGAAGCCAAAUGCGAUUCCGUCUCUGGUAAAAUCUCCGCCCUGGCCUCCUUCCUCUGCCUGGCCCUUGCUUGCUUGCCCAGGCUCUUCGUGGCUGAUGUGGGUUUGGGGGCGACUUUCUUCCUCCAGGGUCUUUGGGUAUUGCAGACGGGGCUCUCUCUCUAUGUCGAAGCGUUCAUUCCUGAAGGAUGUCACAGGUUGCUGGAUGUGGUGAGUGGCGUGGAGGGAUCAACCAAGUGCGAUUUGGAGGAAUCCCGGCUCAGGGCUGUUGCCAUUUUGGAUCUGGCUUUUCUGAUCCAUGUUAUGUUUGUCCUGCUCAUUGUAAUUGUCAUUUAUGCUGUCAUUGCCAAGACUGUUGGCGUGCGGAGAAUUGGGUCUUAUGAAGCUUUACCAGCUGCUGCUAUUGGUGGGGAAAGCAAUCAUAUACAGAUGAAAGCAUUGACGGGCACUCAGGCUUAAUCUCUCUUUAUUUGGUUGGCUUAUAUCCCUUCAUCUUUUUUCUUCAACUCUUGUUUUUGUUGUAGUUGUGCUGGCUAUUGCGAUCAAAGAUUUUGUGCAUUUUUGCUAUCUGCUUCUCAGUAUCAACAGAUUUUUCUUUGUAUAAUCUGAUCCCCCCUCCCUUCUGAACCUUUUACAAGUUAUUCAGGUACUUCUACUUUGUUUAGAGUUUAGAGUAGCUAUCUUGACUUGAUUGGUUACAGUGCUUUAAUUCCUCCUUGAAGUAAUAUACCAAACAUGAUGUGGGCCUUCAUACU